AUGGAUAUGCUACCGAAAGACAUGUCAUCUGUGAGAAAUUCUCCAGCACCCACUAAAAAUGAUGGAGUAGAAGAUCUGUAUGACCUUCUUCGCGACACUCCUCAAUCAACUUGUGAUGCGAACAACGAACUAGAACGAUAUCUCUGUGAACAUGUUGACUCAAAUUAUUCCGAAACUCUUGAGAAUUACUGGCACCGCAAAAAGAACGAGUAUCCCGCACUCUACGAAGCAGCCACAAAAUUGUUCAGUGUGAUUCCAAGUGAAUCAAUCUGUGAAUCCUGUUUUUCGACUGCUUCAUAUUUAUUAGACAAACGUAGGACACGUCUUCAAUAUUCGAAAGCUGAGCUAGUCGUAAUGGGGUGCCAAUUGGCCAAUAAAUUUCCACACUGGUUAGACGAUCUUGCAUAA